AUCAGCCAGCACGAAAGGUGGUUCAAUGUCAGCCUCGACACACGUGUGAGAUUUUCCCAGAAGCUAUUUUUUUUUUUUUUGGUGGGGUGGGCACCCACCGUGAAGUACAAAGUAAAAGAUGGUAGUGAGAGUGUCCAGGAGGAGGUACCACGCCGCUACACCUUGUUGAUGAGGCCAGUGUGUGGGAGCGAGGCGUGGCGGUGGGCGUGGUCAGUGUGUGGGUGUGAGGCGUGGCGGUGGGCGUGCGGGCGGCGGGCAUGAUGAGCGCCUCUGUGGUGAGUGAGCUCCAGGCUGCCAUACUCUCACCACACCCACAAGCUGUGAGACACCUUCUCGACCUCCACGCCCACGUCCUCAGGGAACGCCCGUCCUGCCUCAAGGAUGGCUGGUCGCCUCUCCACGUGUUGGCCAAGUCUGGCGAAGACUACAUUGCUUCUUUCUGCAAGAGACUACGAGAAAAUGGACUCGAAGUGCGGGAGGACUGGGGCAAACCCAAUAGUUCCGGCGACGGCCGGCGGGACGAAGACCUAGCCACUCAACCCAAGGUACUGACCACAUACGGUGUGAAAACCCACGACGGCCCGCCUCUCCGCAAGGACACUCCUCACGUCCCUGAGAGCUUCAAGACGCCGCCGCACCCACCGUGGGCUUGGGCGAGAGAACCAUCACAAGAGAGGCACCAUCAGGCCAGGAUGGCCAUUGUGUAUAUGUUAUGUGAUGCUGGCGUGGAUAUCAAUGGCCGGGACGCGUCUGGUCUCACUCCCCUCCACUACGCUGCUCGCAGAGGCGAUGCAGCUGUGUGUGACGCACUACUGCAGUGUGGUGCUGACCUUCACGCACAACACGAUGGUGUUAGUCUCUGGGAGGAGGUUGAAGUAGCUGCCAGCUCAGAACGGAAAGAAAAGAGACUUAAUCAGAUCAAUAAAGGACAUCAGAAACCAUCCCGGAACACUCAAAAACCCGACGAUAAAGAAAAGGAAUUAGACGAAGUAGACGAGGAAGAGGAAGUGAAUGUAUCUCAACCAAGUAACCCAAGUCAGGCACACUCUCGCAAGUGUCAUGAACACAACCCGUCCUUUCCUCACCUUCUGCACAAACGUGACCACUGCCGCCAAGACUACAAUACCGAAUAUGAAGACGAUUAUUGGGAUGACCUCGAUCCCAGGCAGCCGAUAUGUGGUCCUGCCGUGGCGGUGCAGCGUGUUUUCAGGUUCUACUGUCCUGGUCUCUGGAGAGCUGUGGCUACAGAAAACAUAAGCAAGGUUCGUCAACUGGUUAAUUCAUGGUGUCGAGUUGACCUGAUCCGUGGAGGAAUGACCUUGAAGGAACUAGCCAUUAGCACUGGCAAUGAAGCCAUUAUUUCCCUCCUAUUGAGCAUCAAGCCUUCCAUGUGUCUCGUCCACCAUUCCCUGGCAGGGAAUGUAUCGGCUGUGAGAGAACUCUUGGAAUCCCCCACCAGAAAAAAAAUUAAUAUUGACAUCAGAAAGCUUAGCGAGCGAGGGGCACCACUGUUAUUCUUUCUCAUCCGUGGUGGCCAUCACGAGCUGAUCAAGGAGCUGAGGCACCAUGGAGCCUCCCUCUACACCCAGAUGCUGGAUGACUCUAUGAUGGAUGUUCCAGUAAUCUUCACAGCGCUUGAGUCCUGGAUGGAUCCUGAGGUAGUGAAGAGUCUACUUCCUACUGCAGUAUCCAGAGAGGCUCGGCUCUUAGAGCGUGUGUGGAACCGGGGAAAAAAUGUUCUUAGACAGGCCGUAGAAAAUGGAGUUCAUAUUGAUGCUAUCAAAGCAAUCAUUGAAGUUGGUGGUCCAGCAUUGGUGUGUGAGCGUGACCCUGAGGGACUGACAGUAGUAGAUGUGGCCUUGAAAAACAAACGUGAAGACCUGGUACAGCUCAUGGAUGGUUUUGUAGCCCUUUGGCUAACCCGACCCGACAUCUACCCCAGACGGCGUGACCUCUUAGCCCUGCGUGGGUUUGGUCGCUUAGAAACUGUGGCAGAGGCACAAGAGAGUCUUGAACAGGACAUUGGGCUGUUCCUUCAAGAGUACAGAAGAUGUCAGGGUGUGCUGCAGCAGAUGUUCCAAGCAGUGAAAGAUGGCGAGACAGCGAGAGCCCAGCAGCUGCUCUACUUUGAGAGUGACAUCUUUUAUUUAGUGGACCUACUUUGGCAGGGUAGGCUUGAGCUUACACAGUAGCCAGACAAUCAGAUUUGACAGUUCUACAGAGCAGUACACUCUUGAAUGAUCCAGCUUAAACACAAAGAAUAAGGCUUCGUUCGGAUUAAUCAUUCUUCCCUAAGAUGCAACCAACAAUGGUUCAACUUUUGGGUAUUUAUUUACAGGUAGGUAACGGGAAAAGCACAUACCUGGAAACUUGCCCACAUGUCUUGCCCUUCCUAGGAUUCAACCCAGGUUAUUUUAAUUAUGAACCAAAUUACAAAGAUAUUACUUUUGUAUGGAGUGGAGGGCCUGUAGCAGGAAAUAAAAAUGAAAGGGUCUGCAGAUAUAGCUUUUUGAGCCUACGAAUAAAUCAAGUUGUGUGUAGCUUUUCUGGAAAUGUCAGGCCUGAGACUGUGCUGGCUAUCUGCUAAAAUUUAACUACCAUACACCUUUUUAAAACUGUAGAUUUUUUAGCACCAUAGACUAUCGCAAUACAUUUUAACAGACUUUUAAGCACCAUAAACUUUUUAAUGCCAAAAAAUUUUAUACUAUGAUCAACUGUACAUAAGGUUUUCUUAAUACUGUAGAUUUUUGCAUUAAAACGUAGUACGAUGGCUAAUGGUGUCUGAUAUUUUAUGUUCAGUACACUAUAGUUUUGCUGGCACUUUAUAACCCAGGAGAUGAAGAUGGUAGCAUUGUAAAAGGCACAUCCACUCUUUCAAAAUAUAUUUAUGAUAGUUUAUAAAACAGCAGAGCUCACUUAACAUUUUAUAAUGAAAGAUGAACACAAUACCUGAAAAAAUUAACAAUAUUAUUCCCUAAUGAAAUUAUGACAUUAUAGAAGUGCCAUAUGCAUAAAUUUAAUUGUGUGUGUGCUGUAUUGUGCAAGAAAUGAACUGUCUAGCCUAACCCCAUCACUUCCAAAUUUUUAAACCAGAAAAACACACACAUCACAAAUAGCUGUUCAACUUGCAUAAUAAUUGGAAGCAAAAUGAUACAAUCUUCCUCAUGACCUACUUAUUACAGCAAUACAUGUAUAAUCCUUUUCAAUUUUAGAUGAAGGCUUUUCAUGGAAUGUCAGUAUUAAUCCAACAAAAUAAUUAUGUAUGGAUACAUGUUCUAGGAAAUAUGGUGUUAUUCUCACAAUCUGUUAUUAAAACAUUGACAGGAGACUGCCAUUAUAAAAAGAUUAUACAUAUUCAGUAGGAGUAAUGUAAUGUCUGAACUAGAUGCUUGUCCAGAAAUUACAUUCUUAUGAAUUUGAACAUUAAUGUUAUUAAAGCAUUGUGCAAGGAAGUAUGGCUGCAUGAAUUUUUGUCCUCUUGCUUUUGAUGCAAAAUUAAAUUGUAGCAAAAGUUGAUAUGUGCAACAAUUAAGUAUCUUUAUUUUGAAACAUUUUAAACACUUCAAAUUUCAAAAUAAUAAUACUUAACUGUUACCCAUGUGUUUAACUUAUCUGCUAUUAUUUAUUAUUUUUUAUUAUCACACCGGCCGAUUCCCACCAAGGCAGGGUGGCCCGAAAAAGAAAAACUUUCACCAUCAUUCACUCCAUCACUGUCUUGCCAGAAGGGUGCUUUACACUACAGUUUUUAAACUGCAACAUUAACACCCCUCCUUCAGAGUGCAGGCACUGUACUUCCCAUCUCCAGGACUCAAGUCCGGCCUGCCGGUUUCCCUGAAUCCCUUCAUAAAUGUUACUUUGCUCACACUCCAACAGCACGUCAAGUAUUAAAAACCAU